UGUUGCUCACGGAGCUGCUGAGCAGGAGCUGUCCUUCGAUACGUUGGACGAGAUUGGAGAGGACGAAGGGGGGAUGGCCCAAGCAGCAGAACAUCUAGAAGCUGUGCCAGAUCCCCUGGAAGCCGUGCCAGAUCCCCAGGUGUUGGUCACCGUUGACAAAGUGAAUGACGAUGAAGAACUCAUCUCCAAAGUGGCCCGGGAUCCACAGGCACUUGUUACUUUUGAUGAGACCUCUGAGCAAGAAGACCCUGCCGCUCAGGAGACCUUGAAAGAAGCAGACAGAGAGCCAGCCCUUAAAACAGAACCCUUAGUAACGGGGAAUGAAAUUGGAGAACUAGAAGAGCUACGUCUGAACGAGCCUUUGCAUUUUGAGACCGAGACCUUCAGUGACAGGCGAGAAGAAAAGGAGGUGCUUGAAGACCCUGGCGAUUUCCUUUCCUCCCAGGUGCCCGAAGACCCAAGCACUUCAGUUACAGUGGGUGAGAUCGACGAGGACAACGACUAUCAGCCUCUGGUGACUUUGGAUGAAGUGACUGAAGCAGACGAUGACUUCCCGGAAGGAGAGCUUAACUUUGUUACUGUUGAUGGAAUUGGCAGUAAGGAUGAGGAGGAAGAAAAGGUCACCGUUACAAGCACAGAUAUGGUGGAGGUGGUUGUCAAAACAGUCCCAGAAACAGAGACUGCAACUGCAGUUGCUGAAACAACGGAGGGUUUACCGUGGGCUGCCAAGCAGGAAGAAACUGUAAUUCUAGACGAUGCCUCACCAGGAGAGAAAGUGUGUCCUGGGGAGAAUCUUCCUGAGGAAAAGAAGGCAUCUGAGGCUCAGAUGGAAGUUGCGGAAAAGGAGAGUGUUGCUGCAGAAAUAGAUACGCAGGAAACUACCUUAGUAGAAACUGAGAAGGAUGAAGGAGGGGAAGAUUUGGAAGAAACCCUAAAGGAAGAGACUGAAGUGGAAGCACAGUUGGCGCCACCUGUAGCAGAAUCGACCUCGAAACUGACAGAGCAGCCAGACAACCAGGGAAGCGAUAUGGAGGACCGUCAGCAGCCUUCUGAGAUGGAAAGCCCUGAGGAGGAUGUGGAGGCCAAAGCAACAGAAAUGGAUGUUGAGGGAUGCCCAGAAUUUGCGACUCCCACGGAGCAAACGGGAGAUGUUGUGACGGCUGCUCCAGCCCAGGAGGUUUCUGUUGGAGGCCGCCAGACUGCAGGGGGUGAGGAUCCGGAGGCAAGAUCCGAACGGCUCGGCCAGGAUCCAGGAGGCAAGGAGGAGAGCUGCAGUGAGGUGACCCCCUCGCAGUCUUCUGAGAAGCCUGAGAAAGAGUGUCUCGGCUCCAGGACAGCCAGCAGCACGGCAAGACCCCCCCAGGAGACCCCCCCGGUGCCCACCCAGUACUUACUGAGGCCCCCGAAGAGGCCGAGGCGACAGGGAGAGGACGCAGUGGGGGCCACACAAUCAGUAGGGCACCUCCCGGGCGCAACAGCCAGGAAACAGCCCCGGCGGCAGGCACCUGAGCCUGUGGCAAGGAAGGAGAAGGGGGUGGUGGUGCCAAGUACAGGUCGAACGACGAGAGCCCACCCCCAUGGCCGAGGCCGCCAUCCACACCCCCAAAGCUCGGCAGACGUUGGAACCGGAGGGCGAAGGGUCAGCAAGCCAUCUGCUGGGACACCGCCCCUGCAUCCCGGACGGCGUCCUGGGUUAAGAAAGGAGGCAGGGCAAGGGGAGGGAGGCGAUGGGCUGCCACAAGAGGACGGGGCAGGAUCAGGGGAAGUAUAAAGGGAGGCUGAGGUUGAGGACGACGGCCCUGGGAUACGGCCGGCCACGACCCAGACAGAGAGCGAGGUGGCUCAACGGCCCAGGAGACGGUUGCAGAAGGGAGGUGGCAUUAACAACCCCCUUUGCUCCCUAGCUGACUGAGACUCAAGCCAACUGACCCGAAGGGGAGAAGGAAGCAGGGUGGAGUUGGGUGCCUCGUUGUCGGACUCGAGCGAGGAGGAGGGCUCCUGUGACACAGAUAUGCAUAAAAGUCGUCUCCGUUGCCUUAAAGUGGAAGGAGUUUUUUGUUUUUUUGGAAUAACGUGACUGAUGCCAAGGGGGGUUCCUAAGAACCUGUGAAAAAUCUUCAGGUUUUUUUUUUUUUUUACAAAAUGACAAAACACUAUACUACAGAGCAGUACACAAACAGAAUACCACAAACGAUACGCAAGCCAAUGGAUAGCUUUUAUCUUUCUUAUUUUUCCUCUUUCCAAAACACAACAAACAGCACCCAGUGUUUGUUAAAUUCUUCUGGGUUCUGGAAGUGUCUCCUUUUUUGUUCUUUGGUAGUACCUCAGUUUCACCAAUAAAGUCGUGUUCCAGAUUUUAUGAAGCCAUUCGCUUCUGGGUGGUGAUACUGGUUGUUUCCAGUUGGAUGCUAGAACCAUUUGCUGCUGCAGAGAAUGAACGAACGCCACAUCUGAAAAAUUGAACCAAACUGAGCCGUAGUCUUCCAUUUUGCUGAAGACCCUUGAAAAGAUGAGCAACCUUGCUUGCCUCCAGGGAGGAGGAGCUGCUUCCCAUUGGUUGUGGCUGCCCCGCCCUAGAACCACCCAGAAGGAGUUUUUUCAGUGAGCAAGCAAAUUUUUCCCUUUGUCACGAGAGUUGUGAAUGUGUCUUUUCUGCAGAAGUUCAUGAACAAGAAAGCAGACGAGGAGGAGAAAAAGGAAGGUUGACGGGGACUCUGCAAGAGGGAGUUGAACGUGAUAAGGAAGAGACGAGCCACCACACACGUUCUUUAGGGGUCCAGUCAGGUGUGUGUAUAUUAAAUUUAGUUUCAUCUUGUCAAGCUGCAGACUUUUGUGUUGUGUAUAUACCAGUCUCAGUACAGGACAAGAAUUGUGUGAUGGUCUUUGAUAGCUGUGUGUAACGGUCCUGGCAUUGUUUAAAUAAA